CAAUGGGUUCUGCUCUGCUCUUCGCCCUCGGGCUGCUUGCCCAGAGCCUUGGCCUGUCCUGGGCAGUCCCUGAGCCCGAACCCAGCACCCUGUACCCCUGGCGCCGGGCAUCAGCCCCGGUCCGUGUGCGGAGAGCCUGGGUCAUCCCACCCAUCAGUGUGUCUGAGAACCACAAACGCCUCCCCUACCCACUUGUGCAGAUCAAGUCUGACAAACAGCAGUUAGGCAGUGUCAUCUACAGCAUCCAGGGUCCCGGAGUGGAUGAGGAGCCCCGAAAUGUCUUCUCCAUCGACAAGUUCACCGGGAGGGUGUACCUCAACGCCACGCUGGACCGUGAGAAGACGGACCGCUUCAGGCUAAGGGCCUUUGCCCUCGACUUGGGUGGCUCUACCCUGGAGGACCCCACGGACCUGGAGAUCGUUGUGGUGGAUCAAAAUGACAACCGGCCAGCCUUCCUACAGGAUGUGUUCAGAGGCCGCAUCCUGGAGGGCGCCAUCCCAGGCACCUUCGUCACCAGGGCUGAGGCCACAGAUGCCGACGACCCAGAGACAGACAACGCAGCCCUCAGGUUCUCCAUCCUGGAGCAGGGUAGCCCUGAGUUCUUCAGCAUUGAUGAGCACACUGGAGAGAUCCGCACAGUGCAAGUGGGGCUGGACCGUGAGGUGGUGGCUGUGUAUAACCUGACCUUGCAGGUGGCAGACAUGUCGGGAGAUGGCCUCACUGCCACAGCCUCGGCCAUCAUCUCCGUAGAUGACAUCAACGACAAUGCCCCGGAGUUCACCAAGGAUGAGUUCUUUAUGGAGGCUGCAGAGGCUGUCAGUGGAGUGGAUGUGGGACGGCUCGAGGUGGAAGACAAGGACCUGCCUGGUUCCCCCAACUGGGUGGCCAGGUUCACCAUCCUGGAAGGCGAUCCUGACGGGCAGUUCAAGAUCUACACAGACCCCAAGACCAAUGAAGGUGUGCUGUCUGUGGUCAAGCCCCUGGACUAUGAGAGCCAUGAGCAGUAUGAGCUCAGAGUGUCUGUACAGAAUGAGGCUCCGCUGCAGGCAGCUGCCCCUCGGGCCCGGCGGGGCCAGACCAGGGUCAGUGUGUGGGUUCAGGACACCAAUGAAGCUCCAGUGUUUCCAGAGAACCCACUGAGGACGAGCAUAGCUGAAGGGGCCCCCCCAGGCACCUCUGUGACCACCUUCUCUGCCAGAGACCCUGACACAGAACAGCUGCAGAGGAUCAGCUACUCCAAAGACUACGACCCAGAAGACUGGCUGCAAGUGGACGGGGCCACGGGCAGGAUCCAGACCCAGCGAGUGCUGAGCCCCACUUCGCCCUUUUUGAAGGAUGGCUGGUACAGGGCCAUCAUCCUAGCCCUGGACAAUGCUAUUCCUCCUAGCACAGCCACAGGCACCCUGUCCAUUGAGAUCCUAGAAGUCAACGACCAUGCCCCUGCACUGGCUCCUCCUCCAUUUGGCAGCCUAUGCAGUGAACCAGACCAGGGCCCUGGCCUCCUCUUGGGUGCCACGGAUGAAGACCUGCCCCCGCAUGGGGCUCCCUUCCACUUCCAGCUGAACCCAAGAGUACCAGAUCUCAGCCGGAACUGGAGCCUCAGCCAGAUUAACGUGAGUCAUGCACGCCUGCGGCUCCGACAUCAGGUCUCUGAGGGCCUGCAUCGCCUGAGCCUGCUACUCCAGGACUCUGGGGAGCCACCCCAACAGCGAGAGCAAACACUGAACGUUACCGUGUGUCGCUGUGGGUCGGACGGCACUUGCCUGCCAGGGGCUGCCGCGCUGCGAGGAGGAGGUGUAGGCGUCAGCUUGGGGGCACUGGUCAUUGUGCUGGCCAGCACCGUGGUCCUAUUGAUUCUCAUCCUGCUUGCCGCGCUCCGCACACGGUUCCGGGGGCAGUCUCGGAGCAAGAAUCUGUUGCAUGGGCUACAAGAGGACCUUCGAGACAACAUCCUUAACUACGAUGAGCAAGGAGGCGGGGAAGAGGACCAGGAUGCUUACGACAUAAACCAGCUGCGCCACCCAGUGGAGCCAAGGGUCACCAGCCGCUCUUUGGGCAGGCCACCCCUGCGCAGGGAUGCCCCCUUCAGCUAUGUGCCACAGCCGCAUCGAGUGCUUCCCACCAGCCCAUCUGACAUUGCCAACUUCAUCAGUGAUGGCUUGGAGGCUGCGGACAGUGACCUCAGCGUGCCUCCCUACGACACAGCUCUCAUCUAUGACUACGAGGGAGAUGGCUCUGUGGCAGGGACACUGAGCUCCAUUCUGUCCAGCCUGGGGGAUGAAGACCAGGACUAUGACUACCUCGGGGACUGGGGCCCCCGCUUUGCUCGGCUGGCGGACAUGUAUGGCCAUCAGUGAGAGCCAGGGCAGAUGUGCUGUGUGGACACGCCCUCUCGGCCCAACCAAGGGGCUCUCUCUUGGGACGUGCACCCAGAAAUCCUAUGAGGGUCAACAGCAUGGCCCAUCCUUGGCUCCACAGCAGAUAAACUCAAGGAGGUCGU